UUCUGGCUAGCGCCGGGCGCCCUGGCUGCACGGCUGUGGCAGUGGCGGUGGCUGGAGGCCCCGCGGAGUGUGGGCCGGGGCGUCAAGGGGCGGAUUCCGCUUUCCCCGAGCGCUAGGGGGCGGGAGGAGGGGGCCGGGCCAGCGGCGCAGCUAGCCGCGGAGACUGCGGGCUGAGCAAUGGAGGCCGACGGGCUGCAGUGGGCCGGCGAGUCCGUUUCGGGCCCCGGUCCGGGAGGCGGCGGAAUGAUCCGCGAGCUGUGCCGGGGCUUCGGCCGCUACCGCCGCUACCUGGGACGGCUGCGGCAGAACCUGCGCGAGACCCAGAAGUUCUUCCGCGACAUCAAGUGCUCCCACAGCCACAGUUGUCCCUCCUCCCCCGCGGGCUGCGGCGCGGCCGAGCUUGGCCCUGCCGGCGACGUCUCCGAAGCCUCGCUGCCAGCGGGCCAGCUGAGCUGCAUUUCCUUCCCGCCUAAGGAAGAGGAGUAUCUCCAGCAGAUGGUGGAUUGCCUUCCCUGCAUUCUGAUCCUCGGCCAGGACUGUAAUGCCAAGUGCCAGCUGCUGAACCUGCUGCUGGGGGUGCAAGUGCUGCCCACCCUCAAGCUGGACACCGACAAGAGCUGUAAGCUUCGGCGCCUUCGCUUCACCUAUGGGACUCAGACUCGGGUCAGCCUGGCACUUCCCGGUCAGUAUGAACUAGUGCACACGCUGGCUGCACAUCAGGACAACUGGGAGACCAUCCCUGAGGAGGACUUGGAGGUCCAAGAAGACAGUGAGGAUGCUGCUCAGGGGUUAGCUGAGCUCGAGGUGACAAUGCACCAUGCUCUCCUACAGGAAGUGGACAUUGUGGUGGCACCAUGCCACGGCCAUCGGGCUGCGGUAGAUGUUCUGAGUGACUUGGCGAAUGAUUUCUUACCUGUGAUAACCUAUGCACUUCACAAAGAUGAACUCUCUGAGAGGGAUGAGCAAGAGCUUCAGGAAAUUAGAAAGUAUUUCUCCUUUCCUGUGUUCUUUUUCAAAACACCCAAGCUGGAGAUAAUGGACUCUUCCAGUGAAAGAGCAGAGAGUGAAAGAUCACCGCUGUAUCAACAGCUAAUGGACUUGGGCUAUCUGAGCAGCAGCCACAGGAACUGUGGAGCUACCGACCAGGACAGCAGAGCUCAGAGCAUGUUGGUAGAGCAAAGUGAGAAGCUGAGACAAUUGAGUACAUUCUCUCAGCAGCUGCUACAGACACGCCUAGUGGACGCAGCCAAGGCCCUGAACGUGGUGCAUUGCCACUGCCUUGACAUCUUUAUUAACCAGGCUUUUGACAUGCAGCGAGACCUACAGAUCACUCCCAAACGUCUAGAAUAUACUAGAAAAAAGGAAAAUGAAUUGUAUGAAUCAUUGAUGAAUAUUGCUAAUCGAAAGCAGGAGGAAAUGAAGGAUAUGAUUGUUGAGACACUUAACACCAUGAAAGAGGAACUUCUGGAGGAUGCUGCCAACAUGGAGUUUAAAGAUGUCAUUGUCCCUGAGAAUGGAGAAACAAUAGGCACCAGAGAGAUCAAGUCCUGCAUCCGGCAGAUCCAGGAGCUCAUCAUCUCCAGGCUUAAUCAGGCGGUGGCCAACAAACUCAUCAGCUCAGUGGAUUACCUGCGGGAGAGCUUCGUGGGAACCCUGGAGCGGUGUCUGCAGAGCCUUGAAAAGUCACAGGAUGUCUCAGUUCAUAUUACCAGCAACUAUCUCAAACAGAUCUUAAAUGCUGCUUAUCAUGUUGAAGUCACAUUUCACUCGGGGUCUUCAGUUACAAGGAUGCUUUGGGAACAAAUCAAGCAGAUCAUCCAGCGUAUCACAUGGGUGAACCCACCCACCAUCACUCUAGAGUGGAAGAGGAAGGUGGCCCAAGAAGCCAUUGACAGCCUCAGUGCCUCCAAGCUGGCCAAGAGCAUUUGUAGCCAGUUCCGCACUCGGCUCAAUAGUUCUCAUGAGGCUUUUGCAGCCUCCUUGAGGCAGCUGGAAGCUGGCCAUUCUGGCCGGCUGGAGAAAACUGAAGAUCUGUGGCUAAAGGUUCGAAAAGAUCACGCCCCGCGCCUGGCCCGCCUUUCACUAGAGAGCCGCUCUUUACAGGACGUCUUGCUUCACCGUAAACCUAAAUUAGGACAGGAACUAGGCCGGGGCCAAUAUGGUGUGGUAUACCUGUGUGACAACUGGGGCGGACACUUCCCUUGCGCCCUCAAAUCCGUUGUUCCUCCAGAUGAGAAACACUGGAAUGAUCUGGCACUGGAGUUUCACUACAUGAGGUCUUUGCCAAAGCAUGAGCGAUUGGUGGAUCUCCACGGGUCAGUCAUUGACUACAACUAUGGUGGCGGCUCCAGUGUUGCUGUACUGCUUAUUAUGGAGCGGCUGCACCGGGACCUCUACACAGGGCUGAAGGCCGGGCUGACCCUGGAGACACGUUUGCAGAUAGCUCUGGAUGUGGUGGAGGGAAUCCGCUUUCUGCACAGCCAGGGGCUUGUUCAUCGGGAUAUCAAACUGAAAAAUGUGCUGCUGGACAAACAAAACCGUGCCAAGAUCACUGACUUAGGAUUCUGCAAGCCAGAAGCUAUGAUGUCAGGCAGCAUUGUGGGGACACCAAUCCAUAUGGCGCCUGAACUUUUCACAGGGAAGUAUGACAACUCGGUGGACGUCUACGCCUUUGGGAUCCUUUUCUGGUAUAUCUGCUCCGGCUCUAUCAAGCUCCCUGAAGCAUUUGAGAGGUGUGCCAGCAAAGACCAUCUCUGGAAUAACGUGCGCAGAGGGACCCGUCCAGAACGUCUUCCUGUGUUUGAUGAGGAGUGCUGGCAGCUGAUGGAAGCAUGUUGGGAUGGUGACCCCUCUAAGAGGCCCCUCCUGGGCAUCGUCCAGCCUAUGCUGCGCAGCAUCAUGGAACGCCUCUGCAAGUGCAGUUGUGAGCAAGCAAACAGAGGGCUGGAGGACUCUACUUGAAGACAAAACCUCUCCUUCCAUCUGUUCCUUCCUUUCCUCUCACCUUUUGGCCAUGGGAGAAUUUGUCGUUUGUUCAUUAAGGGAGCUCCCAAGGGAACCGGUGCUUGUUGGCAACUUGAGACCUUCCUGGGCAGAGAUGGCUCCUGGACAGUGAAGAAUUCAGUGGCUGUUUUAUUAUUCAUACUGCCUUACACUGUCUUUUUGGCAAAAGAUUGUCUCAGAUGUGUAAAAGCUGAAGAAUGUGAUGUUCUGGCCUCAGAACUGAAAAGGAGGCAACUGUUACCACUGUUACACUGCUGUUCACUGUAUAUGUUCUAAAACAAGUGGGACACUGCAAGGCAAGGUCUAAAACUGUCACUUUUGUGACUUCAGCUUUAGCUGGGAACCGUUCACUUCUACCCGAUGGUAGAGACCACUUAGAAAACAUGACCUUUGUUCAGGAUCGUAUGAUUAUAAAGGCAAAAACAAACCAAUUCAGCCAAGUAUACCAUGUGGUUGCCUGGCUCUUGUUCUCUAUUACCAGGAUCUCAGGUUGUAACAGUCAAAGCCAUAGGAGGCAGCUGGGUGUGAAGCUGUCUGCCCUCACAACCCAGUGUGUUUACAUUUCCAGGGCCAGGAAGCCCUGGUGUCUGCGGGGCAGGCCUAACCCAAACAGAAUCUGUUUGAUUCUUGGGUCUUUCCCCACCUCCUUCUCCCCCUUUUUUUCCCCUCAAAAAGGAUACUCCAGAUAACAUGGUACUUGGACUUGAGUGUCUGAUCAGAAAUAAACUAUAAUUUUGUUGUUGUUUUUAAUGGGAUGUAGCCUAGGCUAGCCUUAAAGUCCAUCCUUCUGGCUCAGCCUUCAUAGCGCUGGGAUUACAGGCAUGUGCAACCAUGCCCAGCUGUUAACUAUAUAACUCACUCUUUUCUUACUCCGUGCUAGGGACCAAUCCCACGGCUCAGAUGUGCUGGUAAGUGCU